UCAUUCCCUUUUCCCCUCCCCGGCAGCGCGGCGGCAGCGGCGGCGGCGGCGGCUGCUACACCGGGUAGGUUUCCAGUCAGUAUGGCCGCUCCUGCUGCUGCUGGGAAGGUCGAGGGAAAGUUUUCGUGGACGGCGGCCGCUUGACACCCAGCUCGUAAGGCGUCCGGCCUCCAGGCCUCUCCCGGGGCGGUAGCGGGACGGAGCUCCGGCAGGGCGAGAGCAAAAGGCGCCUCAGGAAGGGAGUGAAAUUUUUCGCCCUUUCGCUGCCACCUGCAGUUCCCGAGUCUUCGUCGCCCGCGGUGCCACCGGCCUUCGCCCUCCCAGUUUCCUGAGGAGAUUCUGCCGCCGUUUGCCCCGAGACCACAGCGAGAGCCGCCGGACGGCUUUCUCCCCCUUUCCCCGAUAAGUUAUCUGCGUCGGUUUAGACCCUCAGUGGAAGGGACCCCAAUAGACCCCUGCUUUCACCCGACGUCCGCAUCUGGCUGAUCAGCCUCCUGUCCGUUUCUCUCUCUCUCUCUCUCUGCUGGAGGAGCCCCGUGUUAUUCAGUGGCUCGGAUAUGUAGCCAGGUGUAUUGCGCUAAGAUGUAUGGGGAAAUACUUGCAUUUCCUUGAUGAUCGCACUGGGGUUUCCGUUGGCUCCUUGAAAAUUGGAGCCUGGGCCUAUGCUGCCUAGGGAGGGGGAGAACCUGGUUUUUUUUUUUAGCAAGGCAUCCUCCCUUUCCUGAUCCUGCUGAUGUGUGAAACGAUGAACCACAGACUUAUCCCUGGAUCAUUCUCCAGUUCUUAACUCCUGUCUUGUGAACCUCUUCAGUCCCACUCUCUUGAAAUUUUUAUUGCUUCUCUGGUGAAGAAGAGCUUGGGCAAGUGAUUACGGAAGAGGAUAAAAGUGCGCACAUCCCAAACAAGUAUUUUUUGUGUGAGUCAUUCACUUGGAUUUAUAACUAUCUCCACCUUAAUUUGAACAAGUUCUGUUUCUCUUUGGAGUGGUAUAUGCUUAUUCACAUCAUUGAGGGAGAUGGAUUAAAGUGGAACUUCUUAAACUUGCUACAAACCUUUUUUUUUAAAGAAAACAAUGGGGCUUCUCUGUUGGAUUAUUGCCUGCCUUAGUUCACAGACUGGAGGUAUGAGUUGUUAGACCUUGAUGGCAGGUAAUGUUUGUCCUGCUUUAAUGUGAAGUAUAGUGGGAGCUUUGCUUAUCAACUGUGGAGGGGGACUUGGAUCAAGAAGAGUUUCUCUUCUUUCCUGGUUGGUGUGGCACCACAUAUCUAUCCUCAAUGCCUUCAGCCUUGGCUAUCUUUACUUGCCGCCCGAACUCUCAUCCAUUUCAAGAACGCCAUGUCUACCUGGAUGAGCCUGUCAAAAUUGGACGAUCAGUGGCUCGAUGUCGACCGGCUCAAAAUAAUGCCACCUUUGACUGUAAAGUCCUGUCUAGGAAUCAUGCACUUGUCUGGUUUGACCACAAGACUGGAAAGUUCUAUCUUCAAGACACUAAGAGCAGUAAUGGUACCUUUAUAAAUAGUCAGAGAUUGAGCAGAGGAUCUGAAGAGAGUCCACCAUGUGAAAUUCUGUCUGGAGAUAUUAUACAGUUUGGUGUAGAUGUAACAGAGAACACACGGAAAGUCACUCAUGGAUGCAUUGUCUCAACAAUAAAACUAUUUCUCCCUGAUGGUAUGGAAGCUCGUCUACGGUCAGAUGUCAUCCAUGCUCCAUUACCAAGUCCUGUUGAUAAGGUUGCUGCUAACACUCCCAGCAUUUACUCUCAGGAACUGUUUCAGCUUUCUCAGUAUCUUCAGGAGGCCUUACAUAGGGAACAAAUGUUAGAACAGAAGUUGGCCACCUUACAGCGGUUGCUAGCUGUCACACAAGAGGCAUCAGAUACAAGCUGGCAGGCUUUGAUAGAUGAAGAUAGACUUCUAUCAAGGUUAGAGGUUAUGGGAAACCAGCUACAAGCUUGUUCAAAAAAUCAAACAGAAGAUAGUUUACGAAAGGAACUUAUAGCAUUACAAGAAGACAAGCAUAAUUAUGAGACAACUGCCAAAGAAUCCCUGAGGCGGGUCCUUCAGGAAAAAAUUGAAGUGGUCAGAAAACUCUCAGAAGUAGAGAGAAGUUUAAGCAACACGGAAGAUGAAUGUACUCACUUGAAAGAAAUGAAUGAACGGACUCAGGAAGAAUUGCGGGAAUUAGCUAACAAAUACAACGGAGCUGUAAAUGAAAUCAAAGAUCUUGCUGACAAACUAAAGGUAGCUGAAGGUAGACAAGAAGAAAUCCAGCAAAAAGGACAGGCUGAAAAAAAGGAAUUGCAACAUAAAAUUGAAGAGAUGGAAGAAAGAGAGCAAGAACUUCAAGCAAAAAUAGAGGCUUUGCAAGCAGAUAAUGACUUUACCAAUGAACGGCUAACUGCUUUACAAGUCCGGUUAGAACAUCUUCAGGAGAAAGCUCUUAAAGAACACAACAGCUUAGGCAUACAAGUUGAUGACUUCGUUCCUAAAAUUAAUGGAAGCACAGAAAAAGAGCACUUUCUUUCAAAGAGUGGAGGGGACUGCACUUUUAUUCAUCAGUUCAUAGAGUGUCAGACAGACAAGCUCAUGGACGAAGGACAUAUUUCCAGAACGGAUGAAACAAAGAUACUGAAAGUAAUUAUCCAAUUAAUCCCAGAAGUAAAGAAACCAAGAGAAAAUUUUAUGAGCCCACAACAAAAAAAUGUUCUUUUAGCAGAUGAAUUACAGGGCGCACAAUCAGAAACUGAGACUAAACAGGAAAUUCAGCAACUGCACCAUGAACUGAUUGAAGCCCAAGAGCUAGCUAGGACCAGUAAACAAAAAUGCUUUGAAUUGCAAGCUCUGUUGGAAGAUGAGAGAAAAGCAUAUCGAUUGCAAGCUGAAGAGUCCACCAAACAAAUCCAAGUUCUCCAAGCUCAGUUGCAUCAAUUACAAAAAGAUAUUGAACGUCUUCAUGAAGAAAAGGAAAAUGUGAUAUCCAGUACACGGAAUGAAUUGUUGAGCACUCAGAAUGAAAUCCUGUUGUUGCAAGAUGUGGCAGAAAAGGCCGCAUCAGAAAGGGAUACAGAUGUCACUAUUUUACAAGAAGAGCUUCAAAAAGUAAGAGCUGAACUUGAACAAUGGCGCAAAGAGGCUUCCAAAUAUGAAAAAGAAAUUGUCAGUCUUCAAGCCAGUUUUCAGCUACGAUGUCAGCAAUAUGAGAAUCAGCAGAGAGAGGAAGCCACCCAUUUACAAGGUGAGCUUGAAAAGUUAAGAAAAAAAUGGACUGUUCUUGAAUCUGAAUGUCUCUCAUUAAAGAAGGAGAAUUCUUUGCUUGCAUGCGAACUUCAGCGACAGGAGAAGGAGCUGAAUAACUCUCAGCAACAGAGUUUAGCACUUACCAGUGAUCUGAGUGUUCUGGAGAUAAGCCGAAAGGAACUUGAAAAUAAAAUGGGUUCUUUAAAAGAAGAACAUCAGCGUGAUGCAAUUACUCUAAAAACACUUCUUAAUGAGGCAGAAAAUCAAGCUAAGGAUGCUCAGAAUGAGUACGAAAAGACACAGACCAUGCUUUCAGAGCUGAAGUUAAAAUUUGAAAUUACUGAGCAGGAAAAGCAAUCAGUCACGGAUGAACUUAAACAGUGUAAAGAGAACCUGAAGCUACUUCAAGAAAAAGGAAAUAAUAGCCAAUGGCCUUGGAUGCCUGUGAUGGCAGCUUUGGUAGCUGUGACAGCCAUGGUGCUGUACCCAGGCCUCACCAGAGCUUCUCCAUGAGAACUGUUGUUGAAUCCCUACCCCACCCUCCAUCUAGAAGCUGGCAUCAUUCACACAUUGAGGGAAUCAGAGAAUCAUCCUCUUCCGAACCCUUUUUUUACCUCUUAGUCCUUCAGAGUUUGGCAGCAGCAGGGUCGUUGCUUUUACACUGUACAAAAUGUAUCUGUUAUAAAGAGGGAAUAAAAUAAUUAUUUCAUUCUAUGGUGAGCAAUAUUAUUGCUUACACAUAUAUGUAAUUCUUAAGAUUAUAUGUCGGAGUCCUAAAUACUGUUAUGGUGGCCUCAAGUAGGCUUCUUGGUACCAAAUUAUUUAUGAUGGUUAGGUGUGUGGGUAUUUUACAUUAAAAAAUUGAUUGCCCAAUUGAAAGCAAUGCAUUUUCCCUUAUUUGGAUACCCAUGCCAAAUAUCCUUUAAAUACUUGGAAGUCAAUGCAGUGUGCUCAGUGCCUUUCAGUUUGAUGUUAUUUGUACAUUAACAUAUCAUUAUUUUUACUUGCUGUGAGUCACUGAGCUAUUGGGAACAAUUUUCUUUUUUUCCAUAUCUUCUGAUAAAAACAAAUAUUUUUGUUCAGUAAAGGCCCUAUUUUAUUCAUGACUUGGAGCUUGUAUAAUUCAUUGUCAGCCUUAAAGAGCUCUAGAAAAAAUGAGUGAAAAGCCCAAGUCUAGACUGUUUUUGUGUGCAUGUGUGUGCCUGAGUGAAUUAAGGUUUUUCUGGGAGCAAAAUCUUGAUUUUCUGAUGAACAUAGUGCAGUAAUCCAAUUUUUAGUUUGAAUGUAAUUUAUUAAAUUUUAUGUAUAUAGACAUUAUAAAAACCCAAUGUAUUUUCUCACCUACCACAUUAGAAAAAAAAAAAUCAGUCACAUUUGCAGAACCAAACUUGGGAAAAUAGUAUUUGUUUCUUUAAUUGUACCUGUGUUGGCAUAACUUCAUGAUAUGAGGUUCUUGAGUGCUUUUAAUGUUAGGGAAAGGGGAAGAAAAUUAAAUUGGUCCAGCUUUCAAGGAAGAGUGGAAUAUCUUAAUGUGGUGUCCAUGAUUAGAAGCUUCACAUCACAAUUUGUUUGACCUUAAUCUGAAUUUUUCUAGUUGAGUAUUGGCUUAUGAAUAGGAACAAUCAUAACUUACACCCGACUGUGCUGGUUUUCAGUACAUAUCAGCUCAGUUUAUUAAGAUCUGUAAUAAUAUAAAAAGAAUUGAAAGAUGAAAUGAUUCAGCUGAUAGAAAAUUCAUAGGAAGAUUUUUCUCAACUAAAAUUGAGUUGGUUUCAAGGAUUUAAUGGCAAUCAAAAUCUAGUUCAAUAUUUAAAUAGAAUUUUUAGAUUACUUGCCUUUGAGGGUCAUUUUUAUUUUAAAGGUUCUGUCUUAAGCUAUUUGGAAUUUGUUAAUGGGAGGAUCAUUUAGAUUUAAGGGAAUGUUAGUUCACAAAUGUAGAAAAUGUCAUUUUUGUUCAUUUCAUCGUUUUCAGUUGCAGGAAACUGUAACUCACCCACAACACACACAUGCCAGUGGUACACAGUACCUCUUGUAUAUAGGUUAUUGCAAAUAUUAUUCUGAAAAUGCUUAACUUCAGAAUUACAUUUUUAAAAGUAAAUAAUUGUUUUAAAUCUAUUUUGUAAAGAUAUAAAAAAACAAUAGAAUUUCUGGAGUACAGAUUGAACUAUUUGCACUAACACAUGUGAUGUGCAUGAUUUAAUAAAAUAACUUUACUCUCCC